UCACCAAGCUCGACAGCGGGCACCGAGUCAUCUGGCACGACAGCGGGCACCGAGUCAUCUAGCAGAACCGUGGGCACCGGGUCACCAAGCUUGACAGCGGGCACCGAGUCAUCUGGCACGACAGCGGGCACUGAGCCAUCUGGCACGACAGCGGGCACCAAAUCAUCUAGCAGAAUCGUGGGCACCGGGUCACCAAGUUCGACAGCGGGCACCGAGUCAUCUGGCUCGUGGCCAGGUCAGCAACGUGCGGGCAGCGAGGUACCGAAGGAGCAGGCAGAGAAUAGUCAGGGUCAC